AUGCUCUUUCUGGGCCUGCUCCGCACCAUCCAAGCCAAGCUCGCGCCGCUGGCCACAACCACGAGAAACAACCCGCGCCUCGACAAUGUCUCGAAUGCUCUCGCCAUCGACGACAAUGACAACGACGAUGACGAUGACAUGCCGCCGUUUGGCGUCGCGCAGUACACGCGAGUCCGACGCCUGACGAGGCGUCUCGCAGCAUACGAAGCCGCCCAGUUUCGCGCCGCCUGCUACUCUAUGAACAUGGACGAGCUCAUGAGUGUCCUCGCCGACUACAGCGACGCGCUUCGGACGCUCGUGUUGCAGCACGAC